AUGGAUUCAGAUGUUUCUGACGAACAAAAAAUUCAUCCUAAAACUGUUAACAGAUGUAAGAGUAUUGGACAUGCAGAAUUCGCUAAGCUCAGUCGUCGAUUAACCAAACGAAAAAACUUACAUAAAAGACUUACUAUCGUAACUGAUAUUAUGUUUAUUCUUGGUAUGUUGGGAAUUAUUCUUAUGAUUAUUGAAAAUGAAUUAACAUUUUAUUAUACUGAUAAUCACGAAACCAUAGCAAGUUGGUCUAUCAAAAUAGUUAUUAGUUUAUCAACACUUAUUCUUCUUGGUUUUAUCAUCGAAUAUCAUCGUUUAGAUAUCUCUCUCUAUGCUGUUAAUAAUUCAAUUGAAGAUUUUCGUGUUGCAAUAACAUACGAGAGAAUAUUCUGCGUUCUAGCUGAAAUAAUAAUUUGUGCAGUACAUCCAAUGCCUCGCUCUUUCCCUCGUCAUUCAAAUACACCAUCAGAAGAUACAAGCUCAAAUGAUUCUACAAUUACUCCUCAUCCUUUGUCUUAUGCAUCUGUCGAUGUAGCACUUGGUUUACCAAUGUUUCUUCGUCUUUAUUUGCUUUGGCGUUUUAUUAUGUUUCAUUCUCAUCUAUUUCGUGAUGCAUCAUCACGAUCUGUUGGCUAUCUUAAUAAAGUAUCAAUUGAUUACUUCUUUCUCAUCAAAACUUAUCUUCAACAAUGGCCAACACGUUGUUUAACGGCAUUUUGUAUAAUUGUCUUUCUUGUUGGAAGUUGGUCUUUACGUGCAUGUUCUUACUCAUCAACUGAUGAACAUUUUACAAUGCAAAAUGCAAUGUGGUUAUUUGUUAUAACAUUUGCUACUGUUGGCUAUGGAGACUUUACACCUUCUACAUAUUGUGGACGAACUAUUGCUGCUAUGAUUGGCUUGAUUGGUGUCCUUUCAACUGCUCUCCUCAUCAGUGUUCUUGCACAAAAACUUAUGAUGAAUCGGUCGGAAAAAUAUGUGCAUAAUUUUGUAUUAAAUAUUGAAUUAUCAAAAAAACGUAAAAUGGAAGCAGCAAAUGUGAUUAAAUAUGCAUUUAAAGUUUGGCAUAUGAAAAAGAAAAAUGUAACUGUAUCAGCUGUUCGGUAUCUUCAAAUACAGCGACAACUAUUUCAGUCAAUACAUUCGCUUCAUGAAACUAAGCAACAACAAGCACAACUAGUCGAUAACUGUGUUGAUCAAAUUGAUAUAAUCGCUUUACAACGUAACACAAGUGUUCAAACAUCUGAAGUUACCGAAGAAUUGCAGACAAUGAAAGUUAACAUAAAUGAUAUGAAAGAGGAACUUAUGGCAAUGAACAUAAAUAUGAAUAAUACAAUAAACAAUAUGCAAAGAACAUUGAAUAUGUUGUUGAAUAAAGUUUCAAAAUAA